AUGCAACGCAGAAAGUACUCUCCCCCCGCCAAUAGAAACAAAGGGAAGAAGCGUCCUGCCGAGGGCCUUGCGGCCGCGCCGCCCGCUAAGCAGCAGCAGACAAGCGCGCAGCCCCCUAAGGGGGCUAUGACGGACGAGGAGCGUAUGACUUGUCCGAUGGAGGAGUUGGAAGCCGAGCUUGGCCGGAUCGACGAGGGCCGCGCUAGGCACCGCUCGAAGCCUGAGGUGCUCGACGCGGAAUCCGCAAAGGUUCGCAGCAUCAUGACUGCGCGCGGAUAUAAGUUCGAGGAUGAUACGGAGACGAAGCCCGCCCAGUCGUCCUCCGCUGCCGGUCCGUCUUGCGUCCGCCCCCGUCGCCCCGCCCCCGUCGUCGGUUCGUCCUCCGCCGCCGGCGGUGUCCCUGGUGGUUUCUCUGGCGCGUCCGAGACCUCGUCUGCCCCGGCCGACUCUUCUGCUGGUGGCCCCCCUCCCCACCACUCGGAGGACCUCACUUACCGUGGUGGUAAGGGUAAAGGCCCCGAUCGUCGUUAA